GGCCCUCGGAGACAUGAAUGCCUAUGAUGAAGGGUGUCUUCAAGAUUUUACUCAUCCUAGAAUAAUAUAUGAAAAUGUUGAAAUAAGAGCUUAUGUGUGGGUGAUCGGUUUUAAUAACAUGGAUUGAUUUUGUUUUUAGAUUUGGUCCUCUUCUAAGGCCCUGUAUGGGAUUUUAAGCUUUUAUAGUUCUAUUUUGUGUCAUUUUAAAAGUUCACAUCCCUUGUGUGGUCUGAGCGGGAGAUUUAUUCAUAGUUUCUUAUAUUUGUGUUAUCUGUGGUUAAUUAUUUAAAUAAAAUUUCUAAUUCACAUGUAACUAUUCUGUAAUAAAUCAAUAAAGACAGUGACGUAGUGAUCACAUGCUACAGAAGAAUGUAUUAAAUAGUAUAAUAAUUUAACAUUUAUUAUGUUCCUUGUUUUCUGAAAUUGCUCUAGGUGUAACUUAGAUUCUUAUUUAAAGGCAUGAUAUGUAAAAUUUCUGGAUUAAAAUAUCCAAAAACCACUAGAACAGUGUUAUAAAUUUUGUUGACUUGUGUACUCCCAAAUGUUUCCAAGAAUGUUUAAAUUCAGAGAAAUAAGCAAUUUUUUUUUUUUUUUUUUUUUUUUUAAAGAAAUAAGCUAUUUUAACCAGGACAUGGUCCGUGUCCGAGCGUCGCCUAUCAAUGACAUCAUACCCAAGUAACCCUCAAUUUCUGGUUUUAUUUUGUAGAAACCAUGGAAACACCAAAGACACUUUAAUAUAUUCUGUGUUUUAUUAGACAGGUGAGCAACUGUUUGGAUACAUUCAUUGACAGAAAACUAAUCAUGUUAUAUAGCUCAACACAGUAAGUCUUAUUGUUUAAAUCUCGUUCUCUUGAUUUACUGCAAGUACCAUGUUUUACCAUGCCUAAUAUCGAUCUAGCUUACUGCAGUGUGCAACAACUGCAGUAACGCAGAGCAGCACUAUAACAACUUUCAACACACAAAUAUAUCUAAUAUGAUAAACAGCGCUGCGUUACCUCACAUACGCUUGACCGGAAGAAGCGGAGGCAAUGACUGCGGCGUAAUAAAAGGUCGCGCUCGUCUCUCAUUAUCAAUCGCUCCAGCGGCCUCGUUCAGCUCACAGCACUUGCCCUGCUCUGCUUCAUACUUCAGUAACGUUAAUAAUCUCCCUCUUACUGUUUUUUACUUAGCUUAUGUUUUAGCAUAGCAUACAUCUACCCGAUUAGCCUGCUAGCUUAGCUUAUAAUAUAUUGGGUAUGUUUUUUGCUUCCAAUAUAGUUCCCAAUUACAUGUUUCAAAUUAAUUGUGUUUGUGUGUACUUAGCAUGACAAUCAAUUUAUUAAAAUUAUAAUGGUAACAUUAUAUACUAUACCACAUUGCUAUUAUUGUGUAAAAUUAAUAUUAAAUUACUUUUACAGAACAUAGUAUGUUGCAACAAGCUUUUUCCUUAUAGGCAUGUGUUUCCUUUUUUUUUUAUUAUGCAAUACAUAGACAUUCAUUUUAUAUUUCAAGCAUGUUGUUUGUGCACUUAAUGUAAUAAACACCAUACAAUAGUGAAAUAGGUUAUAAUUAAUCAAGACAUCAUGAUAACAACUUUUGAUCAGGCAUUUCCGCCUGGGUCCUAAAGGGGACUCGAUUUCUCAUGACACCAGCUGUAGACGUGAAGACAACACCUCUCAUGAUUCCGUGAAAUCAAGGCGUCAUCAAGCCACUUCUUUUGUUUUGAAUAAGCGAGCUCUAGUGGCGAAAAUUUACAUAGUGUGCCUUUAAAGGGUUAGAAUAUACUUUGACGAUGAUUUUGAUUUUAGAAAUUUUACUUUCUGAAACAUUUUUAGACUUCAACCAUCAAACUUCCCUCUGAUAAAAAAAGGAAUGUUAGCCUAGUACCACCCAUUAUUAAAUCAAAAGUGAAAGCAGACAGAAAUGAUGUUACCUUCAUUUUCUCUUUCUCUGAAGUCAAUACGUGAAUGUGGCAUUUUCAGUAUUUAAGUCACAAGUUGACACAUGAAAACUGACCGAUUUACAGCGACUGGACACACACUUAAUUUCAUACUCUUCACGCUUUCGUCUGUUCUCAAUUGACUGGAGAGAUGAGUGGAGGCGGUAACAGGAAACCCCCUUCAACAGCAACACAGCGCCUGAAGCAGGAUUACCUCAGGAUUAGGAAAGACCCUGUGCCUUACAUCUGUGCUGAACCUCUGCCCUCCAAUAUACUGGAAUGGCAUUUUGUUGUUCGUGGACCGGAGAAAUCCCCUUAUGAGGGUGGCUACUAUCAUGGCAAAUUGAUAUUUCCCCAAGAAUUUCCUUUUAAACCACCUAGUAUUUAUAUGAUAACCCCUAAUGGGAGAUUCAAGUGCAACACACGGCUAUGCCUGUCCAUAAGUGACUUUCACCCUGACACCUGGAAUCCUGCGUGGUCAGUCUCUACUAUACUCACCGGACUGCUGAGCUUCAUGAUGGAAAAUAUUCCCACAUUGGGAAGCAUUGAGACAUCUGAAUUCACUAAAAGACAGCUAUCUGCGCAGAGCUUGGAAUACAACCUGAAGGACAGAGUUUUCUGUGCGCUGUUUCCUGAGGUUGUGGAGGAGAUCAAGAUGAAGCAAAGGACUCAGAGAGACUUAAAUGUGCAACUCCAACCUCUAUAUAUUUCAGAUGUGACGUCUAAUAGAGAUGAAGACCUCUUUGGUGCUCCUCCACAUAAUGGUCAUUUGGCCAAUUGGGAGGCAGUGGCCCGACAACCACCUGCACCCCGCCAGCCAGAUCGAAAGCUCGGGGGAGCACUUACAAACUUGUGUGUUAUAGCUGGCUUUGUUGUCUGUAUCUACACAGUCAGGUUUGUGCUACACAAUAUAGGCCAGGACUGAAAACAGACUAUACAGACGUAAUCUGAAAGCUCUUUCUUAGGAAUUACUAUUUCUUUAACCAAACUGAGCUAAAAUGACUUGACACAGCCUUGUGGUAAUGCACCGAAACAACGUGUUUUUUCUGAAGUUCAUGGAAUUAGGCUUUGGGUGAAAGCCACGUCGAAAUGAAACUAACUUCUCUGAAUGUGACAAAAGAGAAUACCAGCUUUUAUUAUGUUCUUGACUGAACUGGCCACUACAGACCAGUUGGAUGGAAGAAUGAACUGUGUGUCAACAGCAAUUCUGUUUAGCCCCUCAAUAUCUGUGAUAGUUUUUCCUUAUCCUUGUGCUGUUUUUCUUUCAGGCCAAAUUCUUCUUUCAAAAUAUUUUCCCAACACUUAUGGUUUGGUUAAUGGGAAAGUAAAUUUUUUUUUUUUUUUUUGCCUAAUGUUUGAACACUUCUGUGCACUUCCGGUCUUUUGGACUUACAAUGGCUGCCGCAUGCGGUGUCCGUUAAGUCCACUAAAGCGUAGGGUGUCCUAUUUGUCAAUUUUAGGCUUCAGAAGGGUGCUCAUAAGUGCCCCCUUUGCGGUCGAUAUGCACCCUCGAUGCGCACUUUUGCUGAGCCCGCACUGGUGUGAACUCCGCAGCAGACUUCUUCCCGACAGUCAAAGUGGCGUCACGUCAGGAAAGUGCGGACUCGUAGGAAGACCGCAAGUGUUUACGGUACCAUUUGGGACAGGACCAAACUAUAGUAAAGCAUGGCUAUUUAGGCUGAAUCCCAAAUGGUACACUUCAUAGCACUUUCGGUCUUGUGGCCUUACAAUGGCUGCCGCGUGCUCGUGUCCGUUAAGUCCACGAGACCGUAGGAUGUCCUAUUUGUCAAUUUUAGGCUUCAGAAGGGUGCUCACGAGCGCCCCCUUUGCGGCCGCUAUGCGCCCUCAAUGCACACUUUUGCUGAGCCUGCAAGUCCACAAGCUACACAGAGGACUUUACCCAGCAGUAAAAGCGGGCAUUACGUCACGAAAGUGCAGACUCAGAGGAAGACCGUGAGGGUUUAGGCAAAGCCACUGGAAGACAAGCCUGCAACCUUUAGCCAAAAAAGCAUAACGGCUAAUGCUAACGUUCUGGCUGUGGCGGUACGCAGGUAAGGAGACCAGAGCAGAGAUUGUAUAUUCACUGCCUUUACAUGAUUGGCUGAGGUGCCUCACGUGAUCCAAGUUAGCCGUUACGCUUUCUCCAAUAGUAAGAGACACAAACCCUCUCAUCUCUCUAUAAUAUAUAAUCUCUGGUUUAGGGUGCCAUUUGGGAUCCAAAAAUUGAUAAAGCACUGCAGACAAUGUAUUGCUCUAUUCUUUAUCAUAACUCCAAUUAAUAACAACGACAAACAUUUGACACAUGUUUAGACAAUUGUGAGCGAACACAUAUUGCUGUUAGCUGGUUAGCCAGAGACCUACAAGCUGCGCGGAGCGUACACAACACACACAACUAAAUGCGUAUUGUGACGGAGAACAUAACAGCAACAAUUAUUAAUCGUACUUACAGGUUGUGAUUCGGAGGAGGAAGAAGCUGGUCCAAAUAAACUGGGUACUGACCCAUCCUUCAAUAACAACUGGCUUAUGAAUCCCUUGUUGAACACAUUUAGGUUGAAGAAGCAGUCGUCAGUAAAAUGACGGGAACACACAGCACAAGGUUCGGGUUAUACUGCUGUGGUAUCGUUGUAAAGAUGAAUUUUAACCACUGAUUCUUCAGGUAUUGGCAGUGUUUGAGGGGUUUCAAGUUACACCUGGUGUCUGCGCAUGCAAUAAGUGGGCGAGCAAUAUGCUAAUGUUUCGUCUUGACGUCACAACGAAACGGUUUGGGAUUCAUUUAAUUGAUUCAGAGUCGACUCUUACUUUUGAGAGACAACUUUAUAUACGGUGCACUUUCAGAUUUAAAACUUUGCAGGAUGUUUUCAUUCACUUAGAGCUAUGUUACACACUUACAUGAAAGGUCAUUUUGAAAAAUCCUUAAUAGGGGCACUUUAACCCAGCUGUUCAUAUUUCUGUUUAAGUAUUUUGUGAAGCCCUACUUUCAGAUGUAUUCAAAUAUGUGAUUGUUUUCUUAUUCCUAAUUUAAACUGUUGAAUGACUAUGAGAUUUUGAAUAAUAUUAAUAAAAUAAUGUUAUGAAAAGUAAUAAUAAUGUUUAAAAAAAAUCUUAGAAUUGUCUGAUUCUUGAUUAUUUCUCUUAAAGGGAUCAUUCACCCAAAAAUGUUAAUUCAGUCAUCAUUUAAUCAUCCUCAUGCUGUACCAAACAUGUAUGACUUUCUUUAUUCUGGGGAAAUUUUAGAGAAUAUAAACAGUUUUGGUUUCCAUUUACUUCCAUUGUAUGGACAAAAAAUACACUGGAAGUCAAUUAAAACCAAAACUGUUUGGUUGCCAAUGUUCUUCAAAAUGUUCUUUUAUGUUCCACAGAAGAGAGAAAGUCAUAGAGGUUUGGAACAACA